AUGUAUCUUCUCAGCUUGGCAGUGCGUGUAGCCGCUGGGGCAGCUGUGGUGAGACCUUUGAGGCUGGUCCACAGUCCAGUCCCGAGUCAGAGCAGAUCAUCUGGAAACUGCAGGAGAAUGGAGAUGGAGGACGGACACAGGAAGAGGAGGUAUCUGGGCUGUCUGUCCAAGAAGCAGCUCCUGGUCCUGAGUGGCGUUGCUGGUCUGGGGGUUCUGCUGGUCGCCAUCAUCGUCCCGACCGUCCUGCUCUCCAGGGAAACAGAUCCCAGUGUUCCAGAUCUAUCCUUUGCCACUGACGGAGACAUGCUGGACUUCCUGGUUCAGUCUGGGACCAUCAAGGACCGGGACGGGCUCCAGGCCACAUGGUUCCACCGAGCCAACUCCAAGGACGAGAUGAACAGGGCCCUCGCGAGUGAGGCGAUGGUCCUGGAGGCAGACGUGACUCUUCAGGGAUACGGGACCCCGGCUCAGAAGCCCAUCCCCAUCAUGGCCCACCCCCCCAACGUAACCAGCGACAACACCCUGGACCAGUGGCUGGACGCCGUGCUGAACACCAGGAAGGGUAUUAAGCUGGACUUUAAGUCCCUGGCCUCGGUGGGUCUGUCACUGGAUCUGCUCCUGCAGAAGAACAGCAGCCGUGGGAUCCACAGACCGGUCUGGCUCAACGCAGACGUCCUCAAAGACCCUCUGGUCCCAGGCUUCAUCCCAUCAAUCAACGGAACACAGUUUCUGGAGCUGGUGCAGGAGAAGUUUCCAAAUGUGACGUUGUCUCUUGGCUGGAUGGUUCUUGGGAUCUACAACAGGAAAAUGGUGGAGGGAAUGUACGCGCUGGUCAAAGAUCUGCCACAGAGGGUGACGUUUCCGAUCCAUUCUCUGUUCGUGAGGAAGGGCUGGCCUCACAUCAGCUGGCUCCUCAGUCAGUCCUCCAGGUUCAAGACAACAGUCAUCCAGGAAGAGUUUACUACGACAUCUACGAACCCACGCUGA